ACUGCCGUGACGUCACCGGAAGGCCUAGCAAUCCUUUCACAGUGAUUAGACGCGGCGAGGUUGCUGUCCGGUGUGUGCUGUCGGUCACUUGCAGACGCAGUCAGGGUGUUGUUAGUUGUGCGCAGUGUACGGAGGAGAGUGCCCCCUCCUCUGUGUGUAGCUGAGCUCUCCGGUCCGCCCUGGUAAUAGGGGGCGCCGUGUUGCUUGGUACGUUCGCCGCCCGAUCUAAGCGCGCUCUCGUUGGUCGUCUCGUUGUGCCAGCAGCAUGGUGAAGAAGAACAGCAUCCCGGAGAGGUGGCGGUCCCUGACAGCCAUUGGAACGCGAGUUCCAGGAUCCCGGUUUAUUGCCUUCAAAGUACCCCUGAAAGGGGCCACAAACCAACGUGUGACACAGAACCAGAAAUUUACCCCUAAAGAUUUAGUCACCAACAUUCGCAACCAAAACGAGGAACUUGGAUUGAUCUUAGAUUUGACAAACACUGAGCGCUACUAUACCACCAAGGAUCUGCCUAGAAGUGUACAGUAUAUGAAACUACACACAGCAGGACUCAAAAUCCCAGAUGAUGCAACAGUCCACCAGUUCAAGAGACUCGUCCGACAGUUUCUUUUUGCCAACGAAGAUAAUGAUAAACUAAUUGGCGUUCACUGCACAACCGGGAUUAACAGGACAGGAUAUCUGAUAUGCAGGUACUUGAUAGAUGUAGAUGGGUGGCGACCCCUGCAAGCACUAACUGCUUUUGCAAAUUCCCGUGGUCAUCCCAUUGAAGGAGCUGUUUACAUUGAGGAUCUAAUUAAAGGACCUAUGAGAAGCAAUGUUGGCAUAGAUCUUCCUCCGACGGAAGAAGAAAAGAAAGCUCUGAAUAGUGGUUCAGAAGACCAGACAAGAGAUGAACAAGGAAAUGAAUUUGGAGAUUUUGAUGCUCGUGAGAGGAGACAUUUACCACUACUGAGAUCUGAUGAAUUCCUGGAUGAUUUUGAUGCAAGAGAAAGAAUGGUUGCCCCUAGAAAUAUUCUAGGUGAUCAUGACCUUCGUUUACCUUCACAUGAGCCUCAGGACAGACCUUACAUGGAUGAUAUGGCAGAGCCUCUGUAUCCUGAGAGGUUACGAAGACCUGGAGAUUUCCAACUUGAUCUUGAAAGUUUCCAUGACCCGUCACCAAGGCCUCUUAUGAGCAUUCCACCUCUUAUACCCAGAGAGAUGCAGCGACGUUUUGAGGAUCCUGGGAUGUUACAUGAAGGCAUGGAUUUUGAUUUGAGAGCAAGGGGUCACCCAAUGCAUGCCAUGCAACCGCAUGACCUUUCUUCAGAUAUGCAAUAUGAGGAUCCUUCCUCUCAUCCUGUACCAAUGUUUGCACGCAAUACAAUCAAUAAUCCUGGCUUUGAAGAUGAAGCUGAACCCCAGAUUUGA